AUGGCUAAGAAGGCCCAAAAGGCCCAGAAAGGGUCAGGCAGUCGGGCGCAAACUCACCUCCAUGCAAGAGUAGCUUAUCUAUGCAAGGCUGCUGACUAUUUACAAAGUGCUACCUCACCCAAAUCUAGCAAGGAUGGCAACAAGAGCCAGGUAGACUAUGAUACCACAUGCAUCUUCGAGCAAGAGAUUUCAAAGGAGAACCGGACUUCCGGAGUGGGCUGUGGAAAGAAACCAUUUUCAUCUAUCUCUCGACAAUACGGAAACCAACUCCGUGCGGUAUCUCAGAAAUCACAAAUAAGACUAAACCGCGAAACAAAGCGAUCCAUAUGCAAGAGAUGUGAUUCAUUGUUGAGACCAGGGGUGACGUGUUCAGAUACAAUAGAGAACAAAAGUCGAGGAAUGAAGAAACCAUGGGCUGACACUCGGGUCAUUACAUGUGGAUUCUGCGGUACACAGAAGCGCUUCCCCCAGGAUGUCCAGAAGAGUGUCAAACUCGCCGAUCGACCAAAGCCUCGUUUACCCAGGGAAAUCGUGCCAUCACCGCCAGAUAUACAGCCAGGAUAA